GCCGAGUCAGUGUUUCCCGGAGCCAGAUGGCUCCUCAACUCAUCAUAUUUUACAUACAAGUCAAAAAAAUAAGCAAAAAAAAAAAAAUCCCGAUUACAAUUCGUGGUUGUAAAGACUCGCUUGUUUUGCUAAAGCAGCUGGUUAGAUUAUUUCUUUGGUUUUGUUGUGUUGUGGGGUUUUAUUCUUUUUCCCUUUGUGUGGGCUGUUUCUAGGCAAAUUCCUUCAAAAGGAAAAGAAAAGAAGCCCGGAGAAGCCACAAAGCGCUGGGAAAGGUCAGGAACAGACAAAGGCGGAGGGGCCGCCGCUGCUGCUCUUGUGGAACCCACAACCCACCCCAAAUCGUCCCCCACGGGCAGGAUGGGACCCGCGGCCCAGGAACCGAGGCUGAGCGUCAUUUCGGAGGACGGGGCUGAACAAUUGGGUUGGUGAACAAUAGCAGGGCUGGAAAACAAUGGAGCUGCUGCACCUCCGCGCUUAGGGACGCCGGACGGACGCUCGGAAGAAAUCCCGGCUCCAAAACUGCGCCUGGGCCAGAGCCACCACCGAGCGACGAAAAGAAUCCGCUGUAACAGGCUCCCAUGAAAGACGAGCGGGAGGAUGGAUUACGGCUGCGAGUACCUGGUUCCCUGCGGAAAAGACAAAUUCAUCGCCAAAAAUGAGCUGCUUUUACACUUGAAGACCUACAACAUCUACUACGAAGGGCAAAAUUUACAACUGCGGCACCGGGAGGAGGAAGGUGAACUCAUCGUGGAGGGGCUGCUGAACAUCUCGUGGGGUUUGCGCCGCCCCAUCCGGCUGCAGAUGCAGGAUGACAACCAGCGCAUCCGCCCCCCGCCCUCCUCCUCCUCCUGGCACUCGGGCUGCAACCUGGGAGCCCACGGGUCCGUGCUCAAGCCCAGCACCUUGCCGGACAUCCAGGUUAUGGAUGCAGAUGCUCCAAACACAGAGGCAGCCCCCAAGUCGCAGGCGGAGGAGACGCCGCAGUUGAUGCGGACGCGGAGCGACGUGGGGGUUCGGCGGCGCGGCAGCUCCCGCACCCCCGGCGAGCAGCGCCGCAUCCGCCGCCACCGCUUCUCCAUCAACGGCCACUUCUACAACCACAAGACAUCGGUGUUCACGCCGGCGUACGGCUCCGUCACCAACGUCCGGAUCAACAGCACCAUGACCACCCCCCAGGUCCUCAAACUGCUGCUCAAUAAAUUCAAGAUUGAAAACUCGGCGGAGGAGUUUGCGCUCUACAUCGUCCACACCAGCGGAGAGAAGCAGAAGCUGCGAGCCAGCGAUUACCCCCUGAUCGCCCGCAUCCUGCAAGGCCCCUGCGAGCAGGUCUCCAAGGUUUUCCUCAUGGAGAAGGACCAGGUGGAAGAAAUCACCUACGACGUCGCUCAGUACAUCAAAUUCGAGAUGCCCGUCCUCAGGAGCUUCAUCCAGAAGCUGGAGGAAGAGGAGGAUCGCGAAGUGAAGAAGCUAAUGCGCAAAUACUCAGUCCUCCGGCUGAUGAUCGAACAGAGGCUGGAGGAGAUUUCUGAAGGUCCCACAGCGAUGUGAAACGUUUUGCCGGCUCCGGGUUAUGUUGCACAAAGAGCCGUUUUCCCGCAGGACGCGCCGGAUCGAACCCCAAACCCCCGUCUUGCCCGGAGUGCGUCGGGAUCGCUCCGGCUUGGCGCCUUCGGCAUCCUCCUGCAUCUUCAUCCAUGCAGCAUCCUUGGGGGCUCCUUUGCUGCAAAUGGGGUUUUUCCCCACGAGACUCUGGCUGGUGGAAACUUUGGCCAAAACCUCAAAUCCCUGGAAAUAACAGGGGCUGAUAAAAGCAACAAAAUAGGAAAUCCAGGGGCCGAGUGAGGGCUGCAAGUGUUUGAGAACGAGAAUUUAGGCUCAGGUUGAAGAUGGUACCGCAUGUGGCUCCCGGCGAAGGACCCGCCGCUCGGUGGCAAAAGAGCACAAAUAAUCCCUCUUUUCUUUUUAAAAGAAGCACAUUCCUAUCGCAAUAAUUUGCAGGUGACGGGAAGCUUUUGUAAAUUAAAAGGGUCUGCUGAGAAUUGGGGGUUUUUAAACAUAUUUGCUGCCAGUAGCAAACCUGGGGACUGACAACCGCAUUUACAACAGGGGAGUAAAUCACUUUUCCCCGCCUUGUUCCCUUAACCUGCAUCUGGUUGCAUAACCCUCUGCUCCCCCCCUUUCUAAUUUGCACUAAUUGUAGGGAUUAUUUUAAAAGAAACCAUGUUGUCAAACCUCUCUAGUAGCCGUAACAUGCCAAAUAGCACCAACACAUUGUCCUGGCCAAACCAGGACCACGACUGGCUCCGUUAGCACCAUCACACCUGGAUAAACCUCUUUCCUCACGGGCUAAACCAGCAAUAUCACUUUUAUACCUCGAUGUGAACUAAAACUCUUUUUCCCUUGAUUUUUUGAAAUGUAUCUUUCUAAUUUUUUUUAAUGUGGAUGGUACCUUUUCCACCUUUAACGUGUUAGGGAGAGUGUUGUACAGCGAGAAAAGUUUUUAAUGUAUUUGAAGGAUGACUGUGGUUGAUUAACAAGAAAACAAAAUAUGUAGCAACUUAAUACAGAAUGAAAACACCGGA